UUUCGAGUACUUAAAUCGAAUCACGUCUUUCGGCGUUGAAUAUCGGCGUGUUUUAUUGUUGAGAGGAAAAAUUAAAGAUGUUGUGGUAAAAGGUCAUCCUAUCCCUAUCUGUAGUUUUGAAUCGUUUCAAUGGUCCGCUUGCUUCGCUUGUCGGUUUGCAACUCCUAGUUGAUGAUGGUAGCAUCGCUUCAAGUAGAGGCAGGAUCGAUUUCUUUCGCUGCUUCGUUCUCUAUCCGCUUUUUCAAUGCAUUUCGUUUCAAAGGAGUAAUCAUCCGAGGGGGAGUGCUCCACCUCUUGAAAACGCAAUAUGUCUGUCUCGUUGGUUUCUCAUUCUCUCAUAUGCUUCCACUCUUUUCCGUUAAACCGCACGGUCAGUCUGAGUCGCCAUCUUAUUUGUUUUUUCGUAUAGCCGGGUCUAGUUUUUAUGUUAUGUUGUCUAGUCUUUGAUUUCUCACUACCAUCA